GUUUGACUCAAGAUUCUUCCUACUCUUUCCUUUCCUUGGCAAAAUCAUUCCUCUCUCUAUACUCAAUCCCUUAACAAAAGAAAAAGAAAAGGAAUGAAAUCACUGUGUAAAUCCAUACAGUGAGAACGAAUACCAGAAGAAGAAGAAGAAUCAAACAACGAUAACAAUGGAGAAAAGUGUAGAAGAGGCAGCCAUGAAAGGCUCAGUAAAAUCACUCUUGAAGCUUCUCAACGAAGACCCUCAAAUCCUCAACAACCAAUCCCAUCCAAACACGCCCUUACACACAGCCUCUCUUCUGGGUCACUCUGCUUUCGCCAAGGAGCUACUGAGUCGGGCGCCCCAACUCGCUCCCGUGUUGAAUUCUCAAGGCUACUCGUCUCUUCACUUGGCUGCCGCAAAAGGGUCUGUGGAGAUAGUCAAGAUUUUGGUCCGGGUCGACUCGGAUUUGUGUUUGGUUCGAGAUCGAGAUGGGAGAAUUCCUCUGCAUCUUGGGGUUUUGAAAGGGAAAGUUGCGGCGGUGGGUGAGUUGGCCCGAGUCAGACCCGAAUCGGGUCGGGUUUUGACCCGUGGAGGAGAUAGUGCUUACCACUUGUGUGUCAAGCAUAGUAGGUUGGAAGCUUUGAAGGUUUUGGUGGAUGUUUUGGGUGAGAAUGAUGAGUCUGUGAAUUUCAGGGAUUGUGAUGGAAAUAGUGUGUUACAUGUUGCUGUAUCAAAGAAACAAUUAGAGAUGAUAAACUAUCUAGUGUUCAAUACAAAAGUAGAAGUAAAUGCCCAAAACUCAAAUGGGUUGACUGCAUUGGACCUCUUAUUCCUUGGCUACAGAGAUACAAGAGACAUGGCUAUUAAAGAGACUCUCCAAAAGGCUGGAGCUCAAAGAAACACUGAAGCUUCAUCCACUUCAUACUACCCUGAUGAGGACACAAUGAGAGUCAUUACCUCUUCAAGAAAGCCACUAACAUCACAAAAAUCCAGUUCCAAAAAGCCGAAACAAGUAGACUGGUUAGGCAGGAGGCGAAGUUCGCUAAUGGUGGUGGCGUCCCUUAUCGCCACCGUAGCCUUUCAAGCGGCCAUAUCACCUCCAGGCGGAGUCUGGCAAGAGGACUACCUAGUGGACUCUGAUGGCAAACCCGUGGAGGAUCCACACAAUGCAGGAAAGUCGGUAAUGGCUGAUAGCUAUCCAUUUCAAUACGGGCAGUUCAUGAUCAUGAACACCAUUGCCUUCCUCUCUUCCCUGAGCAUAAUCUUGCUGCUGGUGAGUGGAUUGCCGCUGAGACAGCGGCGGUGGAUGUGGCUGCAGAUGGUGAUUAUGUGGAUUGCUAUAACUUCACUGAGUGGAACAUGUUUUGUUGGCUUGAUCUACAUGACACCUGAGAGUAAAAGAGGUGUUUUGUAUAAUGUUACAAGGGUUUCAGUUCUUGUAUGGUUGCCAUUGAUGGGAGUCAUUUUUGGUGGUAAUGUUGUGAGAAUGAUUAGAUGGUUUCUUAUUAAGCAUGGAUACAUUAAAGAGACACCACCUAAAGAUGGUGAUUUGGUUGGUUUAGAGUAUGAUGAUGAUGAAGAGCUUUGAAAAAUGAAAAAAAAAAAUAUACUAAAAAAUUGCUUGUGUUCUAAUCACCAAGUUGUAUAUGGUCAUUCAUAUCGUUCUUUGUUGAAUAGACUUUGUUUAUGGAGAUAAUAUAUUCACACAGAUGUAUUAGUUAUACUUGCAGAUCUAUGUAAAGACAAAUUUUUAUUUUGUUAGUAUUCUAAAAUACUUCUUUAUAGCAUUUAAAUA